AUGGAUGCGCCUAUAAUAGUUUGGAUCGUCGUUGCCGUCUUUAUCGCCAUCGGGAUAGUUGUGGGACUUAUCAGGUCCUGUGCCACAGCCUGUGGUGUGGACGCUGGCAUAGCCGGAGGUGGUGGCGGUGGCUCCGGUGGCGUCGGCGGGGGCGGCGGUUUUGGCUUCGGCGGGGGUGGCGGCUUUGACUUCGGGGGGGGCGGGGGCUGUGGCGGCGGCGGCGGCGGCGGCGGCGACGGGGGUGGCGGCGGCGGGGGUGGGGGCGGGGGCGGGGGCGGGGGCGGGGGCGGCGGGGGUGGGGGGGGCUGUUGA